AUGAUUCGCAGAUAUAUCAUCUACCAUCAUUCACGAUUGGAAUUAUUCCGACAUUCACAAACUGGUUACACUAUUUCUACAAAGAUCUUACCUGGCAAACCUCUUUGUCAACCACAAACCCUCGGAUAUUGGUCACAAUCACUACUUCAGUUGCUGGUCACGUACUACAUUCACCACCAAACACCUGCACCGCCCCAGCAGCUCUCAGCAUUGGAGUACCCAUGGAUCAGAAAGACCACACCCUGGUCGAUUUUUGCCCGCAUAAAUGCCCCUCCACAGUACCACCAAGACUACCAGAGACACUGCUGCUGUGGAGCAUUUGAGUCCCCUCAGCAUCUAGUUGGCAUAUGUCCAGUUUCGGCACAGUUCUGGUCACAGAUCAUACCCAAUUUCCUCCAAGUUGCUCACAGCAUCCUCCCAAAUGUCCUCGCUGAAGUGUCUCAAUCUCUUUAUGUUGAGUAUCGCACUGCACUCUCCAGCAGCGGCCAAGAUGAUCAUCCAAUCCCACGACUGAAGCCGCCAUCAUGCUUACCCAAGCCUUUCCCACCGCUCAUGAUAUCAGCUGAUCAUUGGCUAGUCCUCCCAGGCUUACGCUGGUCAGCUUUCACUGCACCUCAGAUCUCAUCCAACUCUCGUACUGCAGUUGAAUUCCAGAGAAUCUGGGAGCUUGCUGCAGGUCUGCUUCUCUACUUUCUGGUUAUUGCACGUCACGACGAGGCAUAUACCAACAAUAUCUGGCCCUUAGGUCAGUUCACAACAGCCUUCAAUGGUGAAUUCCGCACUUAUUCCAAUGCACUUUUGCCACCAGACUUGCUCCUAUGCCCUUGCCUUGAUCGAUUGAUGCUGAUCAAUACUGAUCAUAGUUCUACUGCUCUCCUGCAGCCACAGCUAGUUCAUGCACAAGCCCCAACUGGAGUUCUGGGUAACUCCCCAAGAUCGCAUUGA